AUUUAACCGACGACAUGUUCUUCUUGAUCGGUCUUGGCCUUGGUGAUGCCAAAGACAUCACUGUCAAAGGCCUUGAAAUCAUCAAAAAGUGUUCUCGGGUUUAUCUAGAGGCUUAUACAUCAGUCCUCACUGUUGGUAAAGAAGCACUGGAGGAAUUUUAUGGGCGUGAGUUGAUAAUAGCAGAUCGUGACUGUGUAGAGCAAGAUGCGGAUUCCAUUCUUGCAGAAGCAGCUGAGAAGGAUGUCGCUUUGCUUGUUGUUGGGGAUCCAUUUGGGGCAACAACCCAUACAGACCUGAUUUUACGAGCUCAACAGAAAGGGAUAGCAUAUCAAAUUGUUCACAAUGCCUCAAUCAUGAAUGCUGUUGGUUGCUGUGGUUUGCAGUUGUACUGUUACGGAGAAACAGUAUCCAUACCAUACUGGACUGAUACUUGGCAACCAGAUAGUUUUUACCACAAAAUAAAGUCAAAUCGUACAAGAGGUCUGCAUACUCUAUGUCUAUUAGAUAUCAAGGUGAAAGAGCCUACACUAGAGAGUAUGACUAAAAAGAAAAAGGAGUACAUGCCACCUCGUUUCAUGUCUGUCAGUGAAGCUUCACAACAGCUUCUUAAAAUUAUCCAAAAUGAAAGACUUGACUGUGUUACGUCAUCAGAAAAAGAACAGAAUUUCAGCCUUGCAUAUUCUGAAAACACCUUGUGUGUUGGCCUAGCCCGUGUGGGUUCUCCAUCUCAGCAGAUCGUUGCAGCAACAUUAAAAGAGAUGUCAGAGACUGAUUUGGGAGCACCCCUUCAUUCUCUUAUCAUUUGUGGUGACAUACAGCCACUUGAAGAAGAAUACUUACAACAAUUCUUAAGCAAGUCCUGCCCAGCUUCAAUAUUUAAGAAUCAUGUAGGUUCCUGAGGCUUUUAUGAGGGCCAUGUUUCAUGAAUAUACUUAAAAAUGAUAAAAUAUCAGUGUAUCGUACAAAUUUUGACUUUAUCCUGUUCCAAAUACAAUGCCAUUUUAUACAUUCAA